ACUCUAAAGCACGCAACAGUCGUGCCUCUCUCUCUCUAUCUCUCUUCUCUCUCUCUCUCUCCGGACCGAUUCCUUGCUGCCUUAAUUCGUCUCUCUUCGUCUUCGCGUCGUCGUUUGCCGGCGCCGUUUCCUUUACAUGAAGUUUAAUUCGCCUGCAAUUUCGUGUUUGAGCAGCUCGAGCGUUGUGGAGGAGGCUCUUAUUGUGUUGUAAUUCCAUUGUUGAUGCAAUGAAUGCGGUGAGCAUCACCAAUGUGGCGGUGCUGGACAAUCCGGCGUUGUUUACAUCCCCUCUUCAGUUUGAAAUCUCCUAUGAGUGCAUUGCUCCUCUCAAAGACGAUUUGGAAUGGAAACUAAUCUACGUUGGAUCCGCCGAGGAUGAAACUUACGACCAACUUUUAGAAAGUGUUUUAGUCGGCCCAGUCAAUGUAGGAACCUACCGUUUUGUACUGCAGGCAGACCCUCCAGAUCCCGCAAAGAUUCGCGAGGAAGACAUACUAGGCGUGACAGUCCUUUUACUGACUUGCUCCUACAUAGGCCAAGAGUUCAUUCGAGUGGGCUAUUACGUGAACAAUGACUACACUGAUGACCAGCUCCGACAAGACCCUCCUUCGAGGGUUUUGUUGGACAGGAUUCAGAGAAACAUAUUAUCCGACAAACCUAGAGUAACAAGAUUUCCCAUCAGUUUUAACUCUGAAGAUGACGACAAGGCUGAGGAAGGAGCUCCUGAACCCGGCCAAGCUGCCGAAGCAGAUGGUCCAAAAGAACCGACUAUGCAGCCUUUUCCUCAUACUCAAAUCAGAUGAGGGCAAGCCUAUAACAUGACAGAUCUUACCUCUUUAUCUUUUUUUCUCAUUUCAUAGCUGUGUUGAUGUGAUUGUUUCAUUGUCACUUUAGAGUUUCAGCCUCAAGAAAGAGGAUUUUCUUCGGGUGCCCAAACAGUUCUCGGCAUUCUUCGGGUUUGUUACUCUAUAGCUUGCUCUGAGGAUGCUAUAAGGCUUCAUGAGGUAUGUUUUGCAGCUUUUAAUACUUACAAACACUACAAUGUCAAAGCAGUUGAGGAGAACACAAUUUGUAGC